CGGAAGCACUCUGCCAGUGAGACUACUAUUAUUGUUGGUGACUUAUAGUUUUUGCUAUGGCCAUCGGUAUCAACUCCAAAUCAACUCAGCAUUUUGCGGUAUUAAGGCCACACUGCCACAGUGCACGAGUGCUUUGGGAUGGUCUUACUUUGUGGCCGAUGUCACGGGCGUAUGACAUCCAACAAAAGUUUUAGGGCUUUGGAACAAUUAGGUCUCCCGGGAGAGAGACCUGCAAUAAUGCUUAGGCCUUGCACCGACCUUAGGCGGCAUGUUGUUCAUCUCAGACAGGCUAGUGGCCCAACCACGCCCAUGAGUAUAAAAGAGCUACUCCUCCCUUUCAAGCUUUAAAGUCUCCCUAUAUCGGACACAUGGCACCACGUGCAUUUCCUCUUCUUCGCGCGCCUACGGAACCACUAGACGCCAGCACUCUCGACUGGAAGUUCAGAAGGCAACUUCUUGAAGGUGCCGACCCCGCCGAUGACCCUCGUCACCGUGCGGACGGCAUUGUCGUCAAUCAUCCACGUAAUUUGGCAUACAUUCGUGAACCAACUGAGGCGGAUGCGGAUGUUGAGAAAAUAGACUGGAACGAUUCCCUCAAGCACUAUCUUCAGGACUCGUGGUUUCCGGCAUAUUUUUUCGGGCCUCAGGUCAAGCUGAAUUUUGUCUGGCCCCAUUACCCGGAGCUACAGGUCGCACCUGGAACGCGAAUGCUUCGCACCAUUUCGCGAAUUAUGCCGUACCGUAUUCAUGGCGCUGCAUGCGAAUACCUUCAGCGGCAGAAAGAUAAGAAACUCCAAGUCGCGAAGUACUUCGGUGACCUCACCUUGCCUUCUAUUGAUUUUAUACGGCGCGACGAGGAAGUUAUGCUUAUGCAAGAUGUCAAUUCUGUCAUUGACAUCACGAAACUCCUCCUAGCGUUUCCGUUGCUGACGAUUGCGAGGUGUUUGCACAUCUUGCAUGAUAUACCCAAAGGAGAAGAUGGGGAUACUUAUCGAAAUUUCCUCCAGUUCAGACGCUCACCCAGAAUGUGCCCCGUGAAGGAUAACAUUUUCGAUAUCAUUUCUCUUCCCAGCCCUCAUCCCGGCCGCACGAGCAUGAUCAUCCUCGUCAUCCCUCCCUGGGCCCUUAAUAAUAUAGACUUCAUCAGUUUCAUCAACACAGGAGCGGUGACCCCUGGAACCCUCGAUGGGAUUUCCACCGCCAAACCUGCCAGCUCGUCAAAUGUUAUGUGGGCUUUGUUAUGGGACAUUUGCUCCAAGCAAAAAUGCCAAUAUUUUGCCGUCACCACGUAUGAAUUCUGGGCAUUUGGAAACUUCAGUUCUGAUAUGCAAACUGCGUAUAUCUCUGACCUCUUCAGAGCUGCGGUUCACCCACAUGACGCAGAUGUCCAGCAGGAUAAGCUUCCCACUCCGGCGAUACCUGAGACCCUGUUAUUUUGGAUGGCGGCUUGUGUAGGUGCUGGAGGCAUUUUGUGGACACCCUGUAAGGCCAAGGUCACUUCCUGAUGGCCUUCAUAUUGUACAUAGCAUCAUGAGGCCAAGAUCACUUCCUGAUGGCCUUCAUAUUGUACAUAGCAUCAUGAUAUCUAAAUUUAUGUAUCUUUCCGCACUCUCGUCGAACAUUGCUGGC